AUGAGACAAUCAGGCGCUGAUUUCACUUACUCUACUGCUCCAAUUGCUAAAGUCAGACGAGUUGAAUUUGGCUUAAUGAGUCAUGAUCUCAUUAAGGAAUGGACAGGAGAGAUAGAAAUAAAGGAGCUACAAACUAACGAGCUUGAUGGGACACCAAAAUAAAAUGGUUUAAAUGACCUUCGUAUGGGCGUGAAUACGAAUUCUUAAAAGUGUAAGACAUGUGGAGAGACUAAAUAUUGUCAAGGACAUUUUGGAAGAAUUGAGCUGAAUAAGCCAGUAUAUCAUGUAGGAUUCUUGCAGAUAGUAAAGAAGGUAUUGAAGUGUAUCUGUCACAGUUGUGGUAAAUUGAGAUAGCCACAAUCAGAAGAUGCUUGGGUAUAUAUCAAUCUUAUGAAAAAUAGUUAUCAUUUUAGAAGGCCAAGGAACAUAAAUUGAAUCGUAAGAGAUUGAAUGAAAUAGUGAAAUUGUUGGGUAGAAUAGAGAAAUGUGAGGCUAGUAAACAUAAAUAAGAAGAGAAUUAAGGGAGUGAUUAGUUUUGUGGAGAGAAAAUUCCAACUAGAAUUUAAGCCAUAAAUGGAUAAAUAAAAAUUUAAUAUAAUACAAAAGAGGCGGCAAAGGAAUUAACAGCAGAAAGAUGUUUAGAGAUAUUUAAAAAGAUUAAAGAUGAAGAUGCUAUCAUAUUAGGAUUUACAAAAGAUUCAAGACCUUAAGAUUUAAUAAUAAAAUAUUUAUUAGUUAUGCCACCAUAAGUGAGACCAGCAAUAGAAAUGAAUCCAGCCAGGAUUGCAUAAGAUUAAUAUACUUAAAUAUAUAAAUCAAUAUUAUAGAAGAACAAUGAAAUAAAUAAUUGUAGUAGUGAAGCAGAGAAAGUAAGAUUGGCUCCAGAAUUAAUGAGAGAAGUAGCUAAGAUCAUUGAUUCAGAGAAGGCUGGAAAGAUAAAAAUGAAAUCAACAUAACCAUUAAAGAGUAUAAGAGCAAGAUUGAAGGGUAAGGAAGGUAGAUUUAGAUAAAAUUUAAUGGGUAAGAGAGUAGAUUUUUGUGCUCGUUCAGUUAUAUCACCAGAUGCAAAUUUGGGGAUGGAUGAAUUGGGAGUACCAUAAAUAGUGGCAGAUUAAUUAACAAUUCCAGAGGAAGUGACAGAAUACAAUUUAGAAAGAGUAAUUUAAUUGGCAAAGACUAACAAAAUUAAAUAUGUGAUAGUACCUAUAACAGAUCCAAGAAGUAAAUAAAGAAAGUUUUAAGCUUUGUAUUUUGAUUUUACAGAUACUGAAGAAUAGAUUAGAUAGAAAAUUAAUUAAGGAGUUAUAGUGGAGAGAUGUCUAUAAGAUGGUGAUUUUGUAUUAUUUAACAGACAACCUACAUUACAUAGAAUGAGUAUGAUGGGACAUAGAGUUAGGAUUUUACCUUAUUCAACAUUUAGAUUGAAUUUAUCUGUGUGUACACCAUAUAAUGCAGAUUUUGAUGGAGAUGAAAUGAAUAUGCAUGUUCCUCAAUCAUAUGAAACAAUAGCAGAAUUGAAAUAUUUGGCACAUGUUCCUAGAUAAAUUGUAACACCAAAGAGUAAUUAACCAGUUAUGGGUAUUGUGUAGGAUUCUUUACUUGGAUGUUGUUUAUUUACUUAAAGAGAUACAUUUUUAACUAAAGAUUAAGUUAUGCAUUUGAUGAUGUGGAAUGAAUAAUUUACUGGAGAAUUACCUAUGCCUGCUAUAUUAAAACCUUAAGAAUUAUGGUCAGGUAAAUAAAUUAUGUCUAUGAUAAUUCCAUAAUCUAUAAAUACUGAAAGAGGUAUUAGAGAAGAUGAUCUUAGAAAACCUAAUUGGAAUGCAGAUGAUAAGAGUUUGUGUAUAUAGAGAGGAAAUUUGGUUAGUGGAAUUUUCAAUAAAGAAUUGGUAGGAUAGGGUGCUGGUUCUGUUGUGCAUCUUUGUUGGUUAGAUUUAGGAGCUGAAAAGACAUUGGAAUUUAUGACAUCUUGUUAAAGAAUUGUGAAUAAUUGGUUGAUUAUGCAUUCAUUUACUGUUGGAUGUUAAGAUAUAGCUCCUCAUAUAAAUUUAGUUGCAGAAACUGAAAAAAGAAGUAAAGAAUAAGAUGAUGAAUAUAUUAAAUUAUUGUAAAUCUUUUUAGAUGCAAAGAAGAUUUAAGAUAAUAGAUAUCAUCAAAAGGGUAAGAGAAUUAUGGAUUCAUUUGAAUAUUCUUUUAAUAUGAAAUUGAAUAAGGUGAGAGAUGAUAUCAAUUCAAAAGUUACAGAAACUAUAGAUCAAAUACGUAAUUGUAUGUAUAAAAUGAUUUGGGCUAAAAGUAAAGGAGAAGCAUCAAAUUUGGCAUAAAUUACAUCUUUGGUAGGAUAAUAAAAUUUAGAAUCAAAAAGAAUUUAAUUUGGUUUUGCUUAUAGAACAUUACCUCAUUUCUCUAAAUUUGAUUAUGGUCCUGAAGCAAGAGGAUUUGUGGCUAGUAAUUUUUUUAAAGGACUUAAACCAACUGAAUUCUUUUUCCAUACUAUGGGUGGUAGAGAUGGUCUUAUUGAUACUGCUGUGAAAACAAGUAGAACUGGAUAUAUUUAAAGGAAAUUGAUUAAAGCAGUAGAAGAUGUAUUUGUUAGAUAUGAUUCAUCAUGUAGAGAUUCAGUAGGAGCAGUUUAUUAAUUUCAUUAUGGUGAAGAUAAAAUGGCUGCAGAAUUUAUAGAACAUUAAGAAAUUAAAUGUGUUAAUUUAAGUGAUGUUUAAUUGGAAGAGAAAUAUGAAUUAAUUAAGGAAUAAUGGUUUGGUAGUGAAAUUAGAUAGAAAUAUUAAAAUAUAUUAACAGAAGAUGUAAUAAAAGAUAUUGAAGAAGAUUUUGAAGGUCAAGCAUUAUUAAAAGGAGAAUUUGAUGAAAUAAAAAAGAUUAGAAAUGAAUUACGUAGAUUAUUUUUGAUUGAUUCUGCUCCAAAAGAGGAAUUAUUUACUCAUUAUUAUUUGGUUGUAAAUAUUGAAAGAAUUAUUUCAACAAUAAAAAUAAAUAAAAAAAUUAGUGAUAGAGAAAAAUGUAGAUUAAAUCCAAUUUAUGUUACAUAAUAAGUUGAUGAAUUAAUAUAAAAAGUAGAUAAAUUAUUAAGUUAUGAUUUAGAAGAAAGAAAAGAUUGUAUAAAUUUAUUUAGAAGUCACUUAAAAGUAUCAUUAGCUAGUAAAGAUUUAUGUUGUAGACAUAGAUUAACACCAGAAGCAUUCUAAGAAUUAAUAUCUGAAAUUAUUUAUAAAUUAAAAAAAAGUAUGGCUCAUCCAGGAGAAGCAGUAGGUGCUAUAGCUGCUUAAUCUUUAGGUGAACCUACUACUCAAAUGACUUUAAAUACUUUUCAUAAAUCUGGUGUUACAGGUGAUAAAAAUGUGACUUUGGGUGUUCCUAGAUUAUAAGAAUUAUUGGAUGCAAGUAAAAAAACAAAGACUCCAAGUUUAACAAUUUAUUUUGAUCCUCCUUUAGAAUAUGCUGAAUUAGAACUAAAAGAUGAUAAAGAUAAAAAAGCAUAUUAUAAAACAGAAUAAUUAGCUCAUCCUCAUAAAUAAGAUGAUUUUACUUAGAGUAUGUUAGUAUAAAUGUAAGGUAGAAUUCUUGGUUAAACAUUUGGAUAGUAUAUAAUAAAGAGUGAAAUUUAUUAUUAAACUGAUCCUAAUAAUCCAUUACAUAUUACUGAAGAUUAAGAAGAUAAUUUUACUGAUGGUAUUUUUGAUACAGAUGAAGCAAAAUAUAAAUGGAUACUCUUUUUACAUAUGGAUCAUUAAAAGAUUUUAUCAAAUUUAGAAACUUGGGAUAAAAUUAGAGAUAGCAUUCCAAAAAUUUUAGAUGAAACUGAAAAGAAAUUUGGAAUAUCUUCUUAAAAUACAAUUGUUGAUCCAGAUUCUAUGAAUCAUAAAUAUAUUUAAAUUAAAUAUUAUCAUAAUUAUGAUGAUAACAAAAAAUUUAAACCAGAAAGAGGAAAAGGUAAUUUUGAUGAUGAAAUUGCUUUUGAUGAAGAAAAUAAAACUAAAACAUAUGUUGAUACUCCUUAUACUAUAUUAAAAAGAUUAGAAGAAACUAUUAGAGGAUAUUCAUUAGGAGGAAUUAGUAAAAUUACAAGAAUACUUCAUUCACAAAUUGAAAAAUAAUUCUAUAUUAAUAACAAAACUGGAGGAUUUUUAAAAUAAGCUAAUAUUGAUGGUAAAGGCAAAUGGAAAAUUAUUGAAAAAUAUUUAGAAACAGAAGGAACUAAUCUAAAAGAAAUUCUAAGAUUAGAACAUGUUGAUCAAAAAAGAACUACAACAGAUGAUGUUUAUGAAAUAUCAUAAGUUUUGGGAAUAGAAGCUGCUAGAGCUGCUCUAGUAGGAGAAACAAGAAAGAUCUUCAAUCAUUAUGGUAUCUAUAUCAAUUAUAGACAUCUUUAUUUAUUAUAUGAUUGGAUGACUCAUAGAGGUAGAUUAACUGCUGUCAACAGAAAUGGUAUAAACAGAAUACCUGAAGUAAGUGUUCUUCGUAAAAGUUCAUUUGAAGAAACAGUUGAAAUAUUAUAUGAUGCUGCUGUUUUCUCUGAAGUUGAUCAUAUGAGAGGAUUGAGUGAAAAUAUCAUCUUUGGAUAAUUAUGUCCACAUGGAACUGGUAGCUUUGAACUUAUGGUCAAUGCUAAAAAUGUUAAGGAAUUCAAAUUGAAAUCUAGUCAUGCUGAUAAAUUCACUUAAGGAGGCGAGUAUCUUGCUGAAUAAUCUCCCUAUGAUUAAAAUCAAUAAACACCUCUAAUGCUUAAUACUCCAGGACCUGGUAUUACCCAAUCCCAUAUCAGUUCCCCCUAUACUACUCCAUAUCCACAAAAAUCUCCAGGCUACUUUGCUACUCCUAUGAAUAGAGAAUAUACUCCAGAGAUAAGUCAUCGUUCUCCAUUUUACCCUAACACUCCUCUUAUGCCAUAAGAGCCAUAUCAAAUAAGUCCUGGUGAUUCUAUAUCUGGAUAAUCAGCUCAACUAGUAAAAUCAGCUAAUGUUGUCGAUAGUCAUAGUCCUGGAUCACCUCAUUACACUAGUCAUACUAAUUCCCCAAGUCCAAGUUAUAGAAGCAGCGAGAGAGCUACUUCUGGCCAAAGAUCUUCAAGUCCUGUUUUAAAUUCCUCCAGAAGGUAUUUCUAUUUCUAUAUCUCCUUAGUCCAAAUUAUACUAGUAGUAUAUAUAACUCACCUCUGUCGCCAACAAACACUGGAAGUGGUCGCGGUCAAACUGGAUCUCCUUAGACAUCCCAAAAUAUCUAUUCAACUUAUAGUCCAGUAUAUUAGCCAGGAGGAAAUCCACCCAAUCAUUACGAAUAAGAAUAAUGAAAAAUCAUAAUAUAAAAUAAUAUAC